UACUGAGAUGUUUCUGCUAGUGGCUCUUCCAAGAGUCCUUCUGCUUUUGGGCUGGGCGUGCAGAUCAGAAGGCCUUUGCUCCCCCACCACGUUUUACGAAAACUGUUGGAUCCGACGAUUCCCAGGUCUUUCAAUUGAUGUGGAGCAUUCACAGAGGCGAGGGGCGCACAUCCUCAACAUUUAUGCUGCGUCCACUGCAGGACACUGCAGCCGAGCCUGCUGCAUCCUCAAAGACGUUUCCUGUAACUUGGCUGUUUUCUACUACGAAACCAAUAUCCAGGAUAUGAACUGCAUUCACGUGUACUGCCCAGCGCUGGAAAGCUGCAUAGUGAAACCCACAGGCGGUGUGGUCCUCUACAAUAUUACGCCAGGGGUCGAUCCUGAUCUUCUUGUUUUUGAGAAGCUCUCGUUCAAAGAUAUCAACACCAGGUCUUCUUUUAGUAAGUGGGAGAGGCAUGGCGGGGCACGGGUUGCUGGCCUAGAAACAAACCAGGAUGGACUGUCCUCCCCAAGUUUCCUUCUCCUGGAGGCCCCCCCUCUCACAACAGCCCCAAGGCCAGCUGCAGAGAGGAGUAGCAGGAGCUCAGGAGUCGCUGCUGCCGACAGGAAUUCACCCGUCACGUUUAUGGCGUUGGCUUCAGUGACGGACCAUUCUGUGAAAGCUGCAGAGGCUCUUUCAGGGAGGAAUAGCUCCACGACUGCUUCAGACAAUGCCAGGGCGUCUCCCGUCUCUGGACUUGCGCCCAUUCAGAUGGCAUCGCUAUCACCCGGUGUGGUCCUUCCAGAUAACAGCAAACACUUGAACGAAACCAAAGUCUACAGCGGAAGGAACAACAGUUCCAAUGAGGAAGGCCAGCAGCCGGUGCAGGAGGUCACGGGAAGGGGGACCUGGUUGCUUCUGACCGUGCUUUGUUCUUUGCUGGCCUUCACGUGCUGCUGCUGCAGCAUCUUUUGGGCAACAGGAUGCUCCUGGAAGAAGAGAGGCCGCUAUAAACCGAGGCAGAAAGGAAGGUCAGCGUCCAAGCAAUUCAUAAAAUACAAUGCCAUUAAAAAUAGUUUUAAUGGUCGAACAUUCCAAAUUCAGCAGGAAUGGAAGGACUGAUAUUCCAAACAGGGGAUGUGGACUCAUGGGGGCAGAAAGAAAAAUGUUAACUGUUUUACUUUAGAGAGAUUUAAUCCAUGUUGAAUGGAUAUUUAACCAUUAAACUAGAAUAUUCUUAUUACAGAAUGGAGAACAAUUCUAGCUGGGAAUCUUCCGAGAGCAAAACCACUGGUUUGGCUACUCCAAGCUCAGAGUAGAACCUUCACGUUCGCAGAAUUUUGUUCCAAUCUUAGGAAAAAAACGUACUGGUUUCGUACUGAAGACAAAGCAAUAACCAGGGAAGUGUGUUUUUCAUGUUUUUCAGGGGGUGUUCAAGUGAAUCUGUGUCAUGCCGCUCUUUUGGGGGGCUUCUGUGACUUUUUUUUUGUAGACACGCUGCAAAAAACCUAGAUGAAACCAUGCUUAGACUGUAUGUAAUGGGAUUUGUUUCUUCAUUCUUUUAUAAAAAUAAUUUCCUUGGCCAAUUUUACAGUAGCUUAAGAAGUAGUUAGCAGCUAGUCUAGACUAUCACUCCUGCCACAUGUGUGGCUAGAAAAGUAGAAUGAAGGAGUGCAGGGCUUGUUCUGGGGGUCUGUUUGUCCUCUAUGGUAGAACAUUCAGUAUAGUUCGAGUCUGGUUCCUCUGGACCAUAGUCAGCUCAGAACAAUAUAAAUGGUAGUCUUACCCUGAUCUCAAAUCUUUUCCAUUUCAUGCAUGCCUUUCAUUCUUAUCUCUGCUCAGCAGAUCCUCAACUCAGGUUUCUUUAGAUAGUUAUCUUCGUACUGGACCUUUGGAAGACUGAAGUUGCUUAAGCCUGUUAAGGGAGUCCAUGAUUAAGAGGCAAGAUCAACGAAGUCAACCCUGGUAUACAGGCAUUUAUUGCAGGCUAAAAGCUAUCAACACAGUACUGAUGUUCAGUCUUAAGUAUCUUUUCCAGUUAUUUAUUUUGCAGGUAAUGUGCAAAUUGCAGUUGUCACUGCCGUUAUAAUCUUACAAGCUGUUUACACAGUUCCAUUUCUUCUCCGCAGUUUAUUUCCAAUGCCUGCAAGCAGCCUCAUCCAGAAGUCCUUGCUGGCUUUUUCCUACCUUUCUUUUUACUUUUCACAAAUCAAGCUAUAUAUUUCUCCUCCCCAAAGACCCAGUGUCUUUGCACAUAAAGAUAUUAUAAUGUAUUUCCAUCAUAAUCAUGUUGAAUUCUGGCCAUUGACCGUAAGACUGACAUAAGGCUACAUACAAGGUGAAAUUCUGAGCAUGCUUGUCUCUUUCUCACACCCGGUUAUGCCAAACAAAAAGUUUUUUAGAAUAGCAUUGCCUAUUGCAAGGUAUGAAAGUUCUAGCUUCCACAGACAAUAUUUUUAUACAGAAAACUGAUCCAUCUGAUGUGAAAUCUUAAAAUGUGCAGGCUACUGGAUUAAAAGAUUUUUCUCUAGUAUCUAUUUAGCAAUCUGAUGAUUUAGAAUAGAUAACAUCUUCAUUCUACUUUGAAGUACUCCAAAUUAAAAAGGAGGGUCUGCAAAUCUUGGAAAGGCAUGCUUCACUGAUAUAAGACCACUUAAAAACCAAGGUAGAGCCAUCACACACUUUGAAAAACUGGCUUCUAUGGAUCUGGAGCAGCAGCGUCUGUUGGACUGAAGCAGCCUGAUCAACGUUGUCUUGAUCUUCUUCAGAAGCAAA